CGGCCACUGGGUCUGCCCGCCAGAUCGAGCUGCACCGCCUGUCGGAACCCGGGACGCCGCGCCACUGGGGAGGAGGCGCAGGGACGCGGCGAUGGCUCCGCGGGGACUCCCGGGGUCCGCCGCGCUCGCCGCUGCUGUCUUCGUGGGAGGCGCCGCGAGCUCGCCGCUGGUGGCCCCGGACCAUGGUGGUGGCCGCUCAUCGCACUCAGGAUCUGAGACAACGACGGCACCCACGAGCAACACAGGGAACGGGCACCCCGAAUACAUUGCCUAUGCACUUGUCCCCGUGUUCUUUCUCAUGGGUCUCUUCGGCGUCCUUAUCUGCCACCUGCUGAAGAAGAAAGGCUAUCGUUGCACAACCGAAGCUGAGCAAGAGGUGGAGGAGGAGAAGGUUGAAAAGAUAGAGUUGAAUGACAGUGUAAAUGAAAAUAGUGACACCGUUGGGCAAAUUGUCCACUACAUCAUGAAAAAUGAAGCCAAUGCCGAUGUUUUAAAGGCAAUGGUAGCAGACAAUAGCCUGUAUGAUCCUGAAAGCCCUGUGACUCCCAGCACACCUGGGAGCCCACCUGUGAGUCCUGGGCCUUUGUCUCCAGGGGGCACUCCAGGGAAGCACAUUUGCGGCCACCAUCUGCACACAGUGGGCGGCGCUGUGGAGAGGGAUGUGUGCCAUCGGUGUAGGCACAAGCGUUGGCACUUCAUAAAACCCGCUGUCAAGUCCAAAGAUGGCCGCCCGAGGCGCCAAGGAGAGGUCACCGUCCUCUCUGUUGGCAGGUUUAGAGUUACAAAAGUAGAACACAAGUCAAAUCAGAAGGAGCGGAGAAGUUUGAUGUCUGUGAGUGGAACUGAGGGCAUCAAUGGGGAGCUGCCUGUGACGCCUGUGAAGAGAGAACGAAGUGACACAGAGUAGCAGGAGUGACUUUAUUUGAAGAGUUCUAAGAGACUGAAAACUUACGAGAUAUGAAGUUGCCUAGGGAAUAUUUUUUUAUCUUUUGUAUAGUUUCUAUCGUGGAAUCUGCAGUCACGUGAAUAAAAGCUGAAAGGGAAUAAAUACUGUGCUCUGCUAGCUACAGAAUGCAUUUUGCUUUGAAACAGUUUUGAUUUCAAAAGUCUGAUGAAAAAAUUACGUUUCCAGGGAAGAAAAGAGCUCGGUGUUUUAAAUCUCCCCCCGGCCCCAGGCCAACUCCUCAUCCCUGGCCUUGGUGUCCACACUGCAGUGUCUUCCAUGUGCUCACUAUGUACAGUGAAACUAUUUGUGUACAGCCUGUGUUGAUGUCAUGUGCGUUCACAUGUGUGGUGUGUGGCACGUGUGCACACACUUCUUUCUCCCCAAACCUUACAUUCCAUUUUGCUACUGGUUGUAAGAAGUUCCCUUAUGGUUUAACUGUUACAAAAGAUAAAGAUGACUCUUCCAUAAAAUCCUCCAAAAGGCAGAUAACUCUUCAGUGGUGAAAUCCCCAUGAAGAUAAUCUGAACUGGACCUGAGAGAUUAUUCCCUGGGACCCCUAAGAUCAUGGAAUCCGAUGGAACCAGGUACUAGACUUUGGAUCCAAGACCAAGAAUUCAGUGUUAACUCUUGCUACUAUUAUCCCAUCCCCUGGUCAGUUAAAAAUUUUGAGAUUUUUUUUUAACCCAAACUAAGCAAUUCUCAUUUAGUUCAAUGAAGGGGAAAAUGUAUUAAAAUAAAAUGUUUUGUUUUGACAACCCAAGGACAAGACAAAGCCAAAAACUCCCCUUCUUGGUGCAAUAUGGGAAAGUAGUUCUGGCAUUUUCUUUGGGGAACUUCCUGUUUUCUAUCUGGUAACUAAUGCUGUUAUUUACACAAUUCUUGGUGGUUUCUUUCUCCUGUCCACCUGGAAAACCUUUUUUUUUUUUUGCGUUACAGUUUAUGAAACAAACACCUGUAAGAACCCACAGGCAAAGAUAAAUUUCUGUAGGUCUGGGCUGAGGAAUGGGGCAUCCAGAUCCAGGGAAAUCUCAAGGCCUCUGUGUCAGUGUUGGCUGUUGCCUGGAGCACUUCUAGUUGAGAGAGAAAAAGCACAUUUUUCAUAUGAAUCCCUAAAGGUGAUUUUUAUAAAUAUGUACUGCAAAGUAUUCACUGUAAAUACACUCAUUCCAUUCUGUUUCUGUCAUCAAACUGAACAUUUCUAACCUUUUAAAUGAAUGGUAGGUUUAAUUUCAUGUGAAUUUUUACUGAUAACAAAUUAAAAGAUGUGUAUGUCUAUGUAUGCAUAUAUGUGUAUAUAUACAUACACAUACAUACACACUAGACUAGAGGAAGUCAGUAUGGAAACCAAUUUUCAGGUCCAGAAAGUAGCAACUUAGGAAUUUUGGGGUAUGUAUUAGUGUAAAUAAUAUAUGUGUGGUUUAGGCCAAUAACUUUUCUUUUUUAAAAAGCAUUUUUGCUUUAAAGAUACUAUACCUUCAAAAUGGUGAGGGGUAAAAUGUAAGAUAUUCUUCAGCUUUAAUUAUUUUUCCAUAGUAUUCAGGUUAGAGCACUUUUUUUUUUUUUAAACAGCAAUACAACAGGCAAGAGAAUACUCAAAAAAUAUUUAAAAUUGUAUUGAGACCAAGAGUACAUUUUAAAUAUUUUAUAAUACUUGAGCAGUUUUUGUCUGGCUGGCUUCCAAAUAUGCCAAAAGUCAAACAUUGAAUAUUUUCAACACAUAAGCUUUUUACUGGUUUAUAUUAUCUAAUAAGGAUUCUUAAGUGUUCCCAAAGCAUCUGAUGUUUACACCCCUGGUGUUUUCCUCCUUUUUUGGAAGGACUGGGCAGCCACAGCAAAGUUAGGCUACAAAACACUAACAUGGACUAACUUCUGGUGUAAUCAAUGAGUUGGCUACCACCUUGAUGUAAAAAUUUGUAAAGGAGAUUUUUCACCAUUUCGAGUGUCAAAUGUAUUUUUAACUGUCUGGUUUGUACUUUUAUGACUUUUGUACUACCAAAGCAGAGUUAAAAAUAAAAAUGUUAAGC